ACUGCCUCUCCCUCCGAUUCCUUGGGUUCUUGGGUCCGGCGGCCGGGACUCUGCGGGUAGAAGCCAGGAGCAGCUUCUUUGGAGACGGAGAGUCACGUGAGACCUUCCGGUACUGUGGGUGUAAACCAACAGCUGCGAUUAAGGAAGGCCGGGUUUAACCGUCUCCGGGAAAUGCGUUCCGAGGAGACCGUGGAGUGGACGGAGAGAGUGAAUUCCUAAGAAAAUAAUGGAUUGCAUGUUAGUUGGUCUGUAAGUGAUUGGACUCAUCAGUGUGCCAGUUUGUUUCAAAGGCCAAAAGAAGAUGGCAACUCCUUAUGUCCCAGUUCCUAUGCCCAUAGGGAGCUCUGCCUCCGGUUUUACAACCAACAGAAACCAAAGAAGUUCUUCUUUUGGGAGUGUAUCAACAAACUCAAACUCUUCCAAAGACCUGUUAGAAGACUCAAAUAUGGAUAAUUUUAAACAGACAAGUGUACCUGAUCAAAUGGAUAGUACCUCAUCUGACUGUAGCAGUCCCCUCAUUAGGACUAAAUUCACAGGUGCAGAUUCUUCCAUUGAAUAUUCUUCUAGACCAAGAGAAAGUGAAGAACAAAAUCCUGAAACAGUGUAUUUGGAAGAUAGACCUUCAACACCUACUAUACUGGGUUAUGAGGUGAUGGAAGAAAGAGCUAAGUUUACUGUAUAUAAAAUACUAGUAAAGAAAACCCCAGAAGAAAGCUGGGUUGUGUUCAGAAGAUAUACUGACUUCUCUAGACUUAAUGAUAAAUUAAAAGAAAUGUUUCCAGGCUUUCGAUUAGCACUUCCACCAAAACGCUGGUUCAAAGAUAAUUACAAUGCUGACUUUUUAGAAGAUAGACAAUUAGGAUUACAAGCAUUUCUUCAGAAUUUAGUAGCUCACAAGGACAUUGCUAACUGCCUUGCAGUAAGAGAAUUUCUUUGUCUGGAUGACCCACCAGGUCCAUUUGAUAGCCUAGAGGAAAGCAGGGCCUUCUGUGAAACUUUAGAAGAAACAAACUACCGUUUUCAAAAAGAACUACUUGAAAAACAAAAAGAGGUAGAAUCACUGAAGAAAUUGCUUAAUGAGAAGCAACUUCAUAUAGACACCCUUGAGGACAGAAUCAGAACAUUGUCUUUAGAACCUGAAGAAUCAAUGCAUGUGUCAGUAACAGAAGAAGGUGGACAGAUCCUAAAGGUGGAGUCCUCUGCACUUGAGGUUGAUCAAGAUGUCUUAGAUGAAGAAUCUAGAGCUGAUAAUCAGCCAUGCUUUAGUUUUAGUGAACCUGAACAUUCUAUCAGACGUAGAAGUAGCAGAAGUGGCAUGUAAUGCUGAAGAAGACUAAUACAUCACAAGCAGUUCCUUCCAUUUUUAUGUUUCAGCAAAUUUAGAUGAAUGGCAAAUUAAAAAACAAAAAAGAAUGAAGCAUUUACAAAAAAGAGCAAGACUGCACAUGUAUAAAGUUUACAUAGUUUCUUUAAGUUAUUGGGAAGGAAAUAUGUUCAGUGCUGCUUUGCAUUAUCUUUUAUCCAAACUUUGUAUUUAAUACACUAAAACAAAUCUAGAGUUCUGUUAGCAAAACCCACAUUUGUAAAUACUGGGCAUAAAUUAUUUUGGUGUUUUGCCAAUAUAUUCUUCCAAACUGAUAGUGUGUGCAUGCACUCUGGAUGUGUGUGGUUCGUGUUUAAAUCACCAGUAAAUGGACAUUAAUUGCAUGUUCCUAUCGGAUUGGUAUAUACUUCUGUGUAUCUGUCACAGUAUAUUUUUAUUUAUGGUUUAAAUCACUGGUAAAGAUGUACUGAGUCUUAAAUAUUGACGUGUUUACCAUCUCUAAAUAAAAAUUGCCCCUUUAGAAUGUUGCUGCUAUUUAAAAGAAGAAGAAAACUUUGUAAUACCAAAGGAAAAAUGGAAGAGCUAUAAUAACAUAACUAAAGUGGUAAAAAUAGCUUUGAUUUUAAAAGCUAAUUCAUUCGUAUAAAAAUACUAUAAUAAGUGUCCCAGUUUAUUUUAUUACACUUGUCUAUUUUCUACAUAAUCUUUAUCUUAAAUCUCUGCCUGUAGAAUCAGUGAGUUUGCCUCCUUCAGAAUACUACCUCUUUUUGCUAAUCAAGGCAUACUCUUCUGAAAAUAUAGAUUGUAAGCAAAUAGGGAGUUAUAUAAAAAAUAAAAAGCCAUAUAUACUAUAAAUAUAAAUAGCCCUAACUAUAUUAACUGCCGGCAUUGCAUUUGUUUUUCCAUAUAUGUGAAUAUGUUGCUAUAAGGUAUUAAGACUGAUUUUCUUUUUAAUAUAUUUACCCAGGUGAUGCACUUUAUAAUAAUUAAACUAUUUUGUGCCAAGUUUAAUGGGUGAAUUUCUUUAGGAAGUAAAGUUAGGGAAAAGAAUUAUGUAGUGCCUUCACUGUUUCACUUUUUACAAAAGUCUCGAAGGGUCUGUCUGUGAGUUUUAUGGAAAAAUGUUUAUUUCAGCUUUGCUUAUAAGUGCCUUGUUUCAUUUUUAUAGUAUGAAGUAGCUCAUUUAUUUUCUGUUUUUGCUGUUUUGCAUUUUGCUGUUAAUAAAGCAUUGUAAUCUUGCUAGCAUUUUGAAAUCCCAUUUGGUAUAUGGAACUGCAUAUGCUUCCUACAAACUGAGGGAAACAACUGGGGAAAUAGAAUAACAAUCUCCAUUUCUUUUUUCUUCACCAUCUACAAGUUUAUUAGUAUCUUGGUGUAGAUAUUAAGAUUUGGUUGUUUAAAAUGCUACUGACAUUAACAGAUGCAUAUAAAUUAAUGGCUGUUGUUAACCUUGAUCUAAAAAGGAAGAUGCUUUUUACCAAAGUACAAACAAUUAUAAAGUCUUCAAAAUGCACAGGUAUGCUUUCAGAUCUAUUUUCCACAAAGUGUUUAAAAAUGUGUUUACUAUCUUGGGAGACAGAAAGAAUAUAAUAAACUGAUCUGCUUAUUCAUUUCAAAAUACUAUUCUAAACUUAAAAAGAUUUAAAAAAGAAUAAUUAUUUAAAUUAAUAUUAUUUUUAGUCUAAUUAAAAAAAAUUAUCUUUGCUAAAUUCCAGAUAUUAUAGUUCUAUAUAGUCUCUGUCUUAAAGUGAAGACUUACAAAAUACACUUUCAAAAUCUGGUCUUUCAGAAGAUUGUAUUUAGUUUUGGAUGGGCAAAGAAAAACUCUUGUUAGUUAGAUAAACCAUUAUUAUUUAUAUUUGGGAUUUACUUUUUUUACUUUUAUAAUGGAUUUUUUUCCCAGUAUUAUAUUCAUUCAAUAAAUUAUUUUUUCAAAACAACAGUAGCUGUGUUGUUCAGAUCUUGAAUACAGUUUUCCCCUUUAGUUUCUAUGUUCAUCUCUUAAAAUUAUUGUGAAUUUAAUUAUGGUUAACUGCUGCAUUUCACAGAUAAGGAAUGAGUCUGAUUUUCCUUUUUUUUUAAGUUUAUAAUGCCAAUCAUUUUAAGUCUUUGUGAAUAGUAUAAUGCACUUCAAAUGUAACCAAUAUUAAUAAAAAAAAUUGAACAGAACUGAAACAGAAAAUACUUUUGUGGAUACUCUUUUACCCUUUUAAAAAUUAAGUUCACUUAUAGGUAAUACAGCCAUAAAACUUACCAUUUUAAAAUGUGUUUUUUAUCUGUAUACUAUAGUAAGAUUAGCCAUUUAAAGUGCAUUUACUUAGAAAACCAUGUUCCUCAGAUAAAUCACCUAUGUAGUCUGCCUCACCUGUCUGUGAUGUUAGAAGGAAACAGUGACCCUAGGUCUAAGAAUUAUUUGUCUGGUCUUGAAGUGAAUUUUGUUACUUAUAGGAAUAGAGGAGUUUUGGGACUAUGUUAAAACAAGUUUGUAUUCCCAACUAGUUUAGAAAAAUCCAAAUUUAACCCUCUGGGAGAUUUUCAAAGAGCUACAUAUUUGAUCCUCGUUUUGGUUCUUAAUAACAAGAGGUGGAAUUGCCUUUAUUGCUUUGAAUUUUUUCUUCUCUGCUGUUGGCUUCUACUAGCGAAAACAAUAUCAAAACUUCAAUUUCCAAUAUAUAUGGCUUUUAGCUUGGUAACUACUAAAUCACACCAUAUACCUUUUGUAAGGACUUAAGGGAGAAAAUUCUCUUUGGUCUUGGUACCAGUAAAGCCUGUGCUUCUAAAAGAUUGGUUUUUAUCUUACAGACUCUGUUACUGUUUUCUUCUUUGUUUUGUUUUUGGGGCAGCUCUAAGCCAAAUUAUAGUUCAACUAGAGCUACUAUAUAGAACCCUUAUGAGUAAUGCUUUUGUGUUAUAAGUAUGACUUUAUUUUUCUAUCUGAAUACCUCGUAACUCCAAUUUUCUUCUCUAUUUUAGAUCUUCUAUUAGAACAGAGGUAUUUUUGUACUGAUAAAGUCUCAGAUUUGAAUGACAUUUUAGAGUACAAUAGGUAAGAACUGGUCACAGUAUUGACACAACUAUGGCACCAUUAAGUGGUGCCAGGAAUUACACAAAGCUAAAUUAUUCUUCCCUUUAAAAGAUGCCUUUAAGCAACCUCAGUGAGUGUGGAGUGCUGACGUAGGAAAGAUAGCUGGUGGUAAGCUAUGGUAAGUUCUUGGCCAAGGCACAAUAUUGAUGAACUCAGAUUAUGGCUUUAACCAUAGCUUCAAAUUAGAACAGACUGCACAUUCCACUUUUUUAUAUUUAUCUUUGACAGAAAAGUAGAAAAAUGUCAUUAUCUCCACACAAAACAACGAUAAAAAACUAACAGCCAAUGUCUACUGAACAGAUGAAAGAUAGUGUUUUAUUGUAGUAGGUACAGUUGAAGACUAAGUAUAGACUAAAUACGCUAAUGUAGUGUUUGCAACCUUGUCAAUUGCAAUCAGAGAGAUAUUAGUGUUAGUUGAAUGGUGGCUAAAGUGUUCUGUUCAUGUGUGAAAUGUAAAGCCCAGCUUGGAUGAAACCCAUUACUGGAAGACUUGCUCUAGUAUUAACUGAUCUGCCAGUCCAGUCUUACGGUUCCCCAUAUAGGAGACACCAUUCAUUGACUAACAGUGGUAUUUGUGUUCCUCUUCUCCUUUGCCACCUCCAAACUAGGAGUUGGAUAAACUUAAUACUUGUUUUUCAGCUCUUCUUGUAAUGAGGUUGAGCCUGUUGACUCCAUUAUGGCCAGUGAGACAAAUGGAAGUCUGCUCGUAGCUUCUGGGAAAUCUCUCACUUUUCCUCUGGGAGGGAAGCAUGCUGCUGAUUCAGCCUUUCCCCUUUCCCCUGUUUUGAACUCGGGUGAUGUCCAGAGGUACUGUGGAAACCAUCUUGCAGAUGUGAGGUGUUGACAAGCAUGAGGGGAGAGUAAGAGAAUCACAGAGACUGCAGCCGCUUGUGAAGCCACUAUAAAUUGUAGUUUUUUAAUUGUACCAAGAUAAAACCUAUCUUAAUUGGAUGGAAGAUGGAAGCUCCUCAUUGGUGAAGUCGAGGACGGAGAGCAGGGCCCAAUCUGGACGUCCCCGUGCCACCCUCAGGAGUCUGCAGAGCGGGUCGAGAGGCAUCCGAGGUCCAGCACCUAUGCGCGCCAGCCGGCCUGUUCUGAGAGCUCACAGUGAAGCGCACACAGAGCAGCAGGGUGCAGGGGCUCCAGGAUUGCUUUCAGCCUGGCCAGGAGUCCUGCCCCGGCAUCUCCACAAGCUGGUAGCUCACCUGGUUGGGCAGGUGCAGAGCUUUUAACUCAACAGAAACCUGAAGAUGACUAGAGGAAGGGGGCUGUUGUUUGCGGAGAGGGAGAGAAGGGUAUUUGUUUUGAGCUCAGAAAACCCUGGGCUGGCGUGGAACCACUUCUGCUGUGUCCUGCCAGGUCACAGCACCCCUCCUCCCAGCUACCCUGUCCCCACCUAUGCAGAGGGCUGUCCCGAUUUCACUUCCCCACUGGCAGCAAAGGGCCCACAGAGAGGCCAUGCAGCCUGCAGAGGCAGUGGCUAGGUCUUCUCAAGCCCCUCUUUUCUGAGCCAUCCCCACUGUGGGUUCCCCGGGUCCUGUGGCCACCCAGACUGAGGAGCAAAGAUGGUCAGGGCAGAUCUGCCUUCUUCCCUAUGCAGCAGGCCCAUCUCCCAGCCCGGGUUCCACAGUGACUCGCAGUGGUCAUCAAUUUGAUUUACGGUGUCAGAUGAGGUACGAGUCUUCUAAGUACUAGAGUCAGCCAAAAUGUUUUGUUUUUAAGAAAACUGUGUCCCUUGGCUCCCUAAGUAUUCUGAGGUUAAGGUGUUAGUGUUCAGAGAACAUUGAGAGGCUUCUGCCACUUGCAAUAAAGACUUGAUUUGGACCCCCCCAAAAAAAAAUCAUAAAGAAAAAAUAUAUAGUACUGUACUGCACUUGUUCUUUAAAAUCCCCUUAUAAGUGGACCCACACAAUUCAAACCCAUGUUGUUCAAGGGUCAACUGUAAUGCAUUGUUCUGCACAGCCUGCUCUAAAAAAAUACCAGUGACUAGGUGGUUUAAACAACAGAAGUUUAUUUCAUCACAGUUCUGCAGGCGGGGUGCCAACACGAGGGCAACAGCAGGGCUGGUAUCUGGUGAGGACACCCCCCCGGGAUUGCAGACAGCUGCCUUGGUGCAUGUGCGUGCGGAGUGCACACUCCCUGGUGUCUCUCAUAAGGACAUUAGUCCUCUUGGAUUAGGGACCCACCCUUAUGACCUGACUUGGGCUUAGCCUUGAUCACUUCCUUAGAGGCCGUAUUUCCAAAUACAGCCACACUGGGGGUUAGGGCUUCAACAUAGGAAUUUGGGGAGGACAAAAACAUUCAGCCCAUAACCGUGUAGGAUGGAUGUAACAGCAUUAAAUAUUUACAAAGAAAUUUCUCAUUUCAAAAGAUUAAAGUAGACAGCCUCUUCUUUCAUUUGCUCAUUCAACAAAUAUGGAGCAUCUAUUGUGUGUUGACUUUUUGGUUAUAAAAAUUAUUGAGAAAUACUUGAUCCCUUAAAGGAUCCCUUCAAGGAGUACAGAAUGGUAUGGCUUUUUAUGCAGCUGAUCUGUACAUCCUACAGCAUUGUGGUAAAUGUGAUAAUAAUGUUUGUCUUGGUGAGUUAUGGGGAUGAGAGGUCCAGGAAGGAGGGCAAAGAUUGGCAAGCAGAAGUCUAGAGUUUCAGCUGCUUCUCAGAGAAGUCAGCUCCAGCUUUUGCCCAACUGACAAGCAUCAUUAUCCCUAAUACUUCGUACUUCAUUCAGUACUUCAACUUUAGCUCCAAAAUGCUCUGAUGUCCCACCCACCUGAUGUGAUGUGUCAAAGAGGGACACACAAGCCAUGGUACACACCUUAACUAUUUGAUUUUAACUGAAUGCACAUAUGUUCAUUUGCCGGUGUCCUAAUUGGGGUUCAAGGCCCGUCUUUGGUAGGGCUUCACUAAUGAGUUUCUGGUUGUCU